CCACGUGCUUGGCCGAAUAAUAGUCCAUGUAUGGAGAUAGCACAUUUUGUACGAGUAUAUCCAUUCCUUCAUUGAUGGACACUUGCUUUGUCUGCACAUUUUGGCUAUUUGUGAAUAGUGCUAUUGUGAAUGUGCAUGCCUUCUGAGACUCCCCAAGCCGAAGAGGGGGCGGCACGGUGCCCCCACCUCUUAGGAGCACACUCAGCGAAAGGGAGCCUGGAGCAGAGGCCUCCGGAGGACAAGGACAGCAAGGACCGCCUGUGGAUCCGGCCUGAUGCCCCGAGCAGAUGCUCUUGGAAGCUGGGCAGGCCCAUCACUGAGUCCCCUCAUCACCACACUGCCUUGGGAAAAUCCCCCAAAAUCUUGCCCGAUAUCCUGAAGAAGAUUGGAGAUACCCCCAUGGUGAGAAUCAACAAGAUCGGGAAAAACUUUGGCCUCAAGUGUGAGCUCUUGGCCAAGUGUGAGUUCUUCAAUGCGGGCGGGAGCGUGAAGGACCGCAUCAGCCUGCGCAUGAUCGAGGAGGCCGAGCGCGCCGGGACCCUGAAGCCCGGGGACACCAUCAUCGAGCCGACGUCUGGGAACACAGGGAUCGGGCUGGCCCUGGCUGCUGCGGUGAAGGGCUAUCGGUGCAUCAUAGUGAUGCCAGAGAAGAUGAGCAUGGAGAAGGUGGAUGUCCUGCGGGCCCUGGGGGCUGAGAUUGUGAGGACACCCACCAAUGCCAGGUUUGACUCCCCCGAGUCACACGUCGGGGUGGCAUGGAGGCUGAAGAACGAGAUCCCCAAUUCUCACAUCCUGGACCAGUACCGCAAUGUCAACAACCCCAUCGCUCACUACGACAGCACGGCCGAGGAGAUCCUGCAGCAGUGUGAUGGGAAGCUGGACAUGUUGGUGGCUUCAGCGGGCACAGGUGGCACCAUCACGGGCAUUGCCAGGAAGCUAAAGGAGAAGUGUCCCGGAUGCAAAAUCAUUGGGGUGGACCCCGAAGGCUCCAUCCUUGCGGAGCCUGAGGAGCUGAACCGGACGGAGCUGACAGCCUACGAGGUGGAAGGGAUCGGCUAUGACUUCAUCCCCACCGUGCUGGACCGGUCGGUGGUGGACAAGUGGUUCAAGUGCAACGAUGAGGAGUCCUUUGCCUUUGCCCGCAUGCUGAUCGCACAGGAGGGACUGCUAUGCGGUGGCAGUGCCGGCAGCGCCAUGGCGGUGGCCGUGAAGGCGGCCCAGGAGCUGCGGGAGGGCCAGCGCUGUGUGGUGAUUCUGCCCGACUCCGUCCGGAACUACAUGUCCAAGUUCCUGAGUGACAGAUGGAUGCUUCAGAAGGGCUUCCUGAAGGAGGAGGACCUCUCGGUGAAGAAGCCCUGGUGGUGGCACCUCAAAGUCCAGGAGCUGAGCCUGUCGGCCCCGCUGACAGUGCUGCCCACAGUCACCUGUGAGCACACCAUCGAGAUCCUCCGAGAGAAGGGCUUCGACCAGGCCCCGGUGGUGGAUGAGUCGGGGGUGAUCCUGGGGAUGGUGACUCUGGGGAACAUGCUGUCAUGCCUGCUGGCUGGGAAGGUGCGGCCGUCUGACCAAGUUCACAAAGUCCUCUACAAGCAGUUCAAACAGAUCCGCCCGACGGACCCGCUGGGCACGCUCUCCCGCAUCCUGGAGAUGGACCACUUCGCCCUGGUGGUCCACGAGCAGAUCCAGUCGCAGGACCAGGCCUUGGCAGGAGUGGUGGGGGGGCCCGCAGACCACAGCCACGGGAAGUCCAGUAAGAGGCAGAUGGUGUUCGGGGUCGUCACCGCCAUUGACCUGCUGAACUUUGUGGCUGCCCGGGAGCGGGACCAGAAGAUAAAGUCAGCAAGUGCCUUGGAACCCAGGGCUGGCGGGGCUGAGGCCCAGCUCUGACUCCGCACACACCGCCUGCUCUUUUGCUCUCACAAACACUAACCAACAAGCCUGUGUGCCUUUUAACCACCAGCGCUGGGCACUGCCCUUGCUGUGGGCAGCAAGGAGCGGGGGUAGGGUGCUUAGCCGGAGGCCAGUGGGAAUGGUACAGUUCCUUUAUGAAUACCUGACACUUGAAUGAAUAGAAUGUGCUUUUAACUUUCUCUUAAAAUGUUUCAACAAGGAAAUCAUAUUAAAAGGGUACUCAGCCAGGUUGGUGAACCCAUGCAGUGAUGGGGCCAGAGUGGACUGAAGGCAGAAGGCAGUGCCUUUUCCAGAGAAGAAUCCAGAAUGGGGAGCCGCAGGGAGGGAGCUCAGGAAGCACGGAUGGGUUCAGGGGCCCUCGCAGGGAAGCGCUGUCUGCUUAGGGCGAGGUUGGUUAGAGUGACUUUAGUGUUUGGGAUGUUGUAAUUGAGGUGAAAUUCACAUACCUAAAAUGAACGGAUUUUAAGGGUACAAUUCGGUAGCGUUUACUACAUUCAAGAUGUUGUACAGCCACCACCUCUGUCAAGUCCCAAAUUUCCCACACCCCCUUAAGCGGCCAUUCCCUUCUUCCUCCCCUCGCCUGCCCCCCCCUCCUGGCAACCACUAAUUGCUUUCUGUCUCUGUACGGAUUUACCUAUUUGGGGUAUUUCAGAUAAAUGGGAUCGUACAAUC